UGGCGGCUGGUGACUGGUGACUGGUGGCCGGUGGCCAAGUCUCUGACCAGCAGCGGGUUACUGUGACUGCACACCCCGCAGCCGCUGCGCUGGGAGCCGCUGUUCGCUGACGGACGUCUGGUGGAGCAGAGAGGAAAGCUGUGGCCGGCAUCAUGAAUUAUUCCAGAUUCAUCAACGUAAUAAGUGCAGCAAGGUUACCAUCUCCAAUAAGAGAACUGUCCGAGUUGCAGCUACUGGCUCCGCCCACUAUGAUCUCCUUUGCUGGUGGAAUGCCAAAUCCUAACACAUUCCCUUUUCAAACUGCUAAUUUCUCAGUAACAAAUGGAAUAAACAUCACAUUCAAUCAGGAUCUCAUGAAAAGGGCAUUGCAGUAUUCGGCUUCACAAGGGGUUCCAGAAUUGGUUUCUUGGAUGAAUGAACUGCAAAAAUCACUUCAUAAACCUCCCACCAUUGAUUACAGCCCUGAACACGGGCAAAUGGCGAUUUGUGUUACCACUGGCAGUCAGGAGGCAAACAGUAAGAUGUUUGAGAUGCUCCUUGGAGCUGGAGAUAGCAUCAUUUUAGAUGCUCCAACAUAUUCUGGAACACUUGCGGCACUCAUACCUCUGGGCUGUAAAAUCCUCAGCAUCUCGAAUGAUCAGCAUGGAAUGAUCCCACAAAGCCUCUUGGAUGUUCUUUCGAAAUGGAAGCCAGAAGAUGCUAAGGAUCCACGUUGCGAUAUUCCAAGAGUGUUGUACACCAUCCCAAAUGGUUGCAAUCCGACCGGAGCCUCCAUGACUGAGAGAAGGAAAAGGGAGAUCUAUCAGAUUGCCAGAAAGUAUGAUUUAUUGAUAAUAGAAGACGAUCCCUACUACUUUCUUCAGUUUGAACAGCCUUGGGCUCCAUCAUUCCUAUCUAUGGAUGUUGAUGGCAGAGUCAUGAGGUCAGACUCCUUCUCAAAGAUCUUGUCUUCAGGGUUGAGGCUAGGUUUCCUGACGGGUCCCAAACCACUUAUUGACAGAAUCAUUCUACAUAUUCAAUCCUCAACACUGCACACCAGUACCUUCACACAGCUCUUGGUAAUGCAACUACUUCAACAAUGGGGCAAGAGUGGCUUUCUGGAGCAUGUUGACAGAGUGAUAGACUUUUACAGCAAGCAGAGGGAAGCCAUGCUGAGCGCUGCUGAAAAAUGGCUGAAAGAUCUAGCUGAAUGGCAUGUUCCUUCUGCUGGCAUGUUCAUCUGGUUGAGGCUAAAGGGGGUUCCGGACACGUACCAACUAAUUAUGGAGAAAGCCAUGGAAAAGGAGGUGAUGUUUGUUCCCGGACGAGCCUUCAUGGUUGACAGUUCAGCACCGAGCGCAUACAUCCGAGCUUCCUUUUCCAUUUCUACUCCUGAGGAAAUGGAUGAGGGUUUACAACGGUUGGCGAUGCUCAUCAAAGAAGUUUUGUAGAACUGCUUGUAUGGAAGUUUUCACAAGUCCACAUCCAUCAUGGCCGGGACACGAUGGCCCAAAUGCCCUCCUCCUGUGCUGAAAGUUUCUAUUUCUGAAAAAAUUUUUACUUCAGUAUAACUGAAAUCGUGCACAGCUGUUUAUAUUUUUCUUUGAGUGAUGUGUCAAACCACAGGGGAGAAAUUUCACCUGGAUCUAAGAUUUACUUGCUUUUGGAACAUGCAGAAUUUUAACAAUUUGUUGAAUUCAAUCACAACUUUGAAGCCUGUUUUCUGCAGUUGUUAAAAAGAAAUUUACACAAAACUCUUAAUUAAUCCCUGCAUUUGAUUUAGCACCUUCUGUCACAUUCCUGAAAUAUCUCAAAGCACUACACAGGAUUCUGCUAUAAAGUGUAGUGAUUGUGUAUUUUAGGUUUUAAAGUGAAGAUGGCAUAUAAGAAUCUGCAAAAUUCUACACACCCCAAAUGCCAAGAAAAUAGAGUAAAUAAUAAUCCUUACAACAACUUGCAUUUAUAUAGUCCCUCUCACUCAGGAUAGUGUCCCAGACCGCUUGAUGCAUCCAGUAAGCUAGAUACAUAAAUGUCAAAUUAUGUUUGACCUUUAUGUAUGAAAUACAGUGCUUUUUACAUUGGAAGAAUACCUCAAAGCGCUCACAAGAUAUACUGUAAAAGUGUAAUGACUGUAGAAAUCUAGACCCAGGGGGUAUUUCUCCCCCUGUAACUUUAUCUGUUUCCUUCUAAGAAAUGUGCCAACGAUGCAAUGAUUUCCAAAAAAAAGGAAAUUUAUCUUGCAAUAAAUCUGCAGCAGAGAUAUCAAAGAAAUCAAAACAACAUUUUGUUUUAAUUUUCUACAAAAAUGUUUUUUAAGCGUCUCUAAAAACUUGCUUUAAAAAUGUAACUCUUGGCAUUGUGAAAUAUCUGUGAAAUAAUAGUAAUAAUCCUUGCAUUUGAUAUUGCUGUGGAGUCCUGUAGC